UGCCCUUUAGGAUUUCCCAAUGUAAUUGGGUGCAUUGAUGGCACCCAUAUUCCCAUCAUCGCUCCUUCCCAAAAUGAGGCCGAUUAUGUCAAUCGGAAGUCCAUCCACAGCAUUAAUGUGCAGAUCAUAUGUGAUGCUGCACACAUAAUUACAAAUGUGGAGGCUAAGUGGCCCGGCUCGGUUCAUGACUCACGGAUAUAUCGUGAGUCAUCUCUGAGCAACAGAAUGGGCCAAGGAGAGAUCGAUGGCCUGCUGCUGGGUGAUAGGGGUUACCCGUGCCAACCUACACUCAUAACCCCUUACCCAGAACCUGAGCCAGGCCCCCAGCAGCACUUCAAUGUGGCACACAACAGGACAAGAUCCCGGGUGGAGAUGACCAUAGGCCUGUUGAAAUCACGUUUCCAGUGCCUACGCCACCUCAGGGUGACCCCUGAAAAGGCUUGUGACAUUAUUGUGGCAUGUGUUGUUCUUCAUAAUAUUGCCAUUAUUAGAGGGGAGCAACACCCUGCCCUACAAAUUCAAGACCCUGAGGAAGACCUCAUACACCAUGGGGAUUUCCAGGAUGGAAGGGUGGUCAGAGACCUCAUAUGCCGCAAUGUCUUUGGACACUAAUGAACCACACCAACACAGGACUGUUAAAUAAACUCAAUUUAAUCACAUGUCAUUUGGUCUUCUUUCUGUCCUACAAAUACAAAAGCAACAGUUAUGUUUCCUAUAAGGUUGUAAGACUGUUCCAUUACUUUGUACACCCACCUCUAGUUUGUGCCUAAGGAGCUCAAUUUCCAAAUCUGUUUUUAGGAUCUGACGGUCCAAGUACACAAGUUCCUUAUCUGUCUUUUGUAAUUGUUUUAUGAGAUGAAGCUUAUAUAGCUCCUUAACUGGCAACUGAAAAACACAAGACUGAGGUUAUAUGUUGGAGUUCUAAAAAAGUCUGCAGAUUCAAACAAUGGCAUUUACUGAACAUUACUGAACUGAGUUUAUCUGUGUGUCAGAAUUUGAUGGACCCUCCUCCU